GCCCUCUACCGACAUCUCAAUUCGCAUUUCUAGCAAACACAGGAGAGGGGGAGGAGGAGAAGAAGGGAGUAAUUAUCUCCAAAAUUCAUGGGAAAAAAGGUAAAAUGGAGCUGGGCCGCCGCUUUAGUAGGAGCGGCAUCAGCUACAGCAGCCGUGGCUCUAAUCAGUGCCAAGCCAAAAGACCCAACUUUUCAUUUGAUCAAAAUCAACUUCACUUCCUUCAAGCUCAGGUUUCCAGUCAUCGACACCGAUGUAAUACUCACCGUACACGUCACCAACCCCAAUAUCAUACCCAUCCACUACUCCUCUACCAUCAUGUCAAUCUUCUACGACGGCUCUCUCAUCGGUACGGCUCAAGUCGAAGCAGGGUCUCAGCGUUCGAGGUCUUGCCAGAUACUUGAGCUCACGGCCCGGCUUGAUGGUGUCGAGCUGAUGGCUAACCAUUCCGUGAAGUUUUUCAGUGACGUGGCAAAGAGGGAGAUGGUGCUUGACGCAAAGGUGGAUAUCGGAGGUACGGCUAGGUUGUUGUGGUGGGGCCAUAGGUUUAAUGUACACGUGGAUAGUCAUAUAACCGUUGACCCUUUGUUUCUUGAUAUUAUUGAUCAAGAAAACAAGUCACGUCUUGAAGUUUUUCUUGCUUGAAUGGGAGUGUUGUACUUAUAGUAAUGAGUUAUUACAGUUGGCUGUGUUUUAGCUUGAAGUUUGAAGAUGAAAAUGAAAUAUCUUGGAAUCUUUGGCAUGAGA